AUGGCCACGGCCAGCCUCGAUCUGUCGCCCCACGACAACACGGUCGAGUUAUCCAAGCACCACGACACGAAGCAAGAACGGCGCAAGCGCCGAGGUGCCCGCGCUACCCAGGUCGAGAGCAAUGGCUCAGAGGGGAGGGUUAAGAGAUUAAAGAGCACCGCGGCUCCUGUUGGCAAUUACCAAGAUGAUACUUUAAAGGAGGGGCACAAGGAAGAGGGUCGCUCCGCAGGCCACGACGAUGCGACUCUGGACAAAGCCAGAAAACCCCGCGAACGUGCUGCGAAGCCAAAGUCGAAUAAGUUUCCUCGGGAAAAGCCAGUCAAAUCCGAGACCGAUGAAACGACAGCCUCAAACGACCCUCCACAAUACCAAAACAUUGGGGGGCAGGCACAGACAAGCAGGCACGAAGACCACGAGGCCAUGGACGUGGACAUGUCACCAGGCCGCUACAGGCCCUCUGCAGGCAAAGCCUCUGACUUGCAGUAUCCCUUCUUUACUCAAACGGUGUCUCAGUACCUGCCGCUUCUCCCCCUCGGCGUCAUCGAUCCUGUACGAGGCUACGUAGAUCAGCACCUCGAACCUCUGCUCAAUCGCUACGUCCCGAGCUUCGGUGGUGUGCUGUUGGCGUACCGCAAUCCGCGAGUGGGGGAGGCGCCUGGCAGUAACUCGCUUACCCAAGAGAGCGGGAUGAGCGAUCUGGUCUUGCUCGAGUCGGUCAGCGAGUAUGCUGUCAACUUUGCGUGGCUAACUGCCGAGGUGGAUCUGUUUCGCCCAGCUCGAGGUGCUUGGUUAGAAGGCUCUGUCAAUCUGCAAGGCGGAGGACACAUCGGUCUGGUUUGUUGGGGAAUGUUCAAUGCGUCGAUCGAAGCGCAACGUUUACCUCGCGGCUGGCAUUGGGUUGACACCCUGUCCAGCCAUCAGGAGAAGGAUAAGCCAGCUGCGGCGGUGGACGUGUCGUCCUCUACGCCCUCGGAUGGACCAGAUGGUAACGAAUCUCGGGUGCUUACUAACGGAUACUGGGCCGACGAGGAUGGUGCGAGGAUACGAAGUGGGACGCAACUAUCUUUCCGCAUCAAAAACUACGGGGUCGGCGACAACGGCGACUAUAGCUACCUCAGCAUCGAAGGCACGCUGCUGGAAGAAGGAGACGAGAGGGAGAAGGUUCGUGAGGAAAUGGAGGCGACUAGAAGACUCAGGUUGAGAAAUGGAGGUAUCCUGCGGAAAGAGCACAAGUAUCCCCCCGAAUUCAGCAUCACGAAGUUCGCGAAGGAAGAAGAGCAGGAGGACAAGUCCCGGGAGAAGGAGGACGAGUCCCGAGAGCAAGAGAACGAGUCCCGGGAGCAAGAGGACGAGUCGCCUGGCGAGGUGUUGGAGCCAACUCACCCGGACAGUGAAACCGAAUAG